CGAUCAUCGAACAAUCAACAUCCCCAUCACCAACAUCAACAUCUCCUCCUCACACCACCACCACCACCACCACCACCAGCAAAACACCUCCACAAACAAAAAAAACACAAAAAAAAAUGUCCGAACCCAUCCCCGAAUCCAUCCCCACAAGCGCCGACCCGCGCAGCAAACGGCCCCUCAAACGGCGCGCCGUCGGCCCAUCAACCGCACAAUCCGAACAAGCCUCGCAGAUCGAAACGCUGAUGCGGGACCCGACGCGCGAGAUUCACCUGCCCGUCCAGAAACCGCCACGAACCGCGGGGUCGCUGCCGCCGCCGCCGGAGAUCGUCGCCAACGUGCAGGGGUCGUCGGCGGGAGCCGGGUCCGGCGAGUUCCACGUCUACAAGGCCAGCCGGCGGCGCGAGUACGAGCGGCUGCGGCUGAUGCAGAGCGAGGUGGUCCGGGAGCAGGAGGACGAGGCGUGGGCGCGGAAGCAGGCGGAAACAAAACGGCGGGAUGAGGAGCGGACGGAGAAGAAUCGGCGGCGCAGGGAGAAGAAGAAGCGCGGCGGCGAGAAUGCGAAGAAGGAUGGGGAGGCUACCGGGGCCAAGGCCAGCGGUGGCCAGGCGAAUACUGGGAACGGGGAGGGGAAGGAUCGGAUGGUGGUUGAUGAGACGGCCUCAAAGACGGUGGGGGGUGAUGGCAUCGCUGCUGGGACGGAUGAGGGUGGGGAGGUGCAGGGGAUCAUUAUCCACGAUGAUUGAGUUGGAUUGCAUUGCAUCGGGAAGCAGGUGACGGCUGGAAGUGCUAUGACCAGUAUUGCACACAGCAAGUAUGUGGAAAAAGAGAUGCAGACAAUGUACGAUAUGAAGAUACCCAUUAGUUUGAAGUCUAGGAUGUUCUUACAGACUGUCCGUUCCA